AUGGCAAAUAUGCACACAACUGCAGCGCCUAAGCUUAGUGAAGGAAUUUACAAUUUACGUCGUAGAUGUCAGAAUUCAAAGUAUCAGCUCAUCAUAAAUAUGGCCUUAAUUUUCCUAGGCUGUACCUUCGAUCUCUUAAACGUUGCUGGUGUUAUUUCUGUCAUCGAGGACCUUGGAGAAACUUACGGUCUUGAGUACACAACGGCUUCAUGGGCACUAACUUCUUAUGCAAUAACAUUUGCUGGCCUUAUUGCAUUCAUGGGAAGACUUGGGGACAUAAUAGGGAACUCUGUCUUGUUCACAAUAAGCGGUUUCUUUUUUAGUCUAUUCUGUCUGCUGUGUGCAGUGGUUACCAACUUCCCCGCCUUUGCCGUUUUAAGAGCUCUUCAGGGUAUCGCGGCUGCAGGACUUGUGCCCUGUGGCUAUGCACUCAUUCCCACACUAGCGGAUCCAGAGGACGUCCAACUCUUUUUCGCCGUUGUCUCCUGCGGAUUUAGUUCGACCAUCGGAAUUGGUCUUAUCAUAGGAGGCGCCUUUGCGCUAACAAACGUCGGGUAUAAAGGCAUUUUCUACCUUUCAUUUGCAGGAAUGUUGCUUGUAUCUAUUGCUGCUUUCUUCUUCACAUACCGGAUUGAAGAACAUAAAUUUGCAGAGCAGGAUUAUGAAGGAAGCAUACACAGGCCAGGAAAGGUUGCUUCCCUUGACUUUGUGGGGUCUCUUAUUUUUAUUAGUGGCAGUGUGCUUAUUGUAGUAGGCCUCACUGAAGGUGGUGAGUCGUGGAAAAGACCUGUUGCAUAUGUGCCUUUUACUAUUGGAAUGAUAUUUUUUUGUGGAUUUUUCGCUUGGAAUUGCUCCUACCAGAACCUAGUUAUCUUUCUAAAAAAGUUGGGCUGUGACACUUCCAGGUAUUUAGAAAAGGUUCAGGUUUUGAUACCGAGAGAUGUCCUCUUUAUGACGAAUUUUAUACCAAUCACUCUAGGCUUCCUAUGCAAUGGUGGAUGUCUUUAUUCUAACAUUUACAUCAUAGAUCAAUACUCGCAAUAUGUUGACAAAAAUAGUCCACUCUUAGCUGGUGUAAAACUUGUGCCGUUGAUUAUAACUAUGGUGAUUGGAAAUACUAUUUGUGCUUCAAAAUCCGUGAAGCUCAGACCGCGCAUAGGCGUUGCGUUAGGGUUUUUAUCAAUGGUCUGUGGUAGCAUUAUAUUAAUCCAGUUGCAUCUAGUUGAAGAAAACCUCUAUUGGAAAAUCAUGUUUUGCAGCCAAAUAUUAGUGGGAUUUGGGGCGGCGAUUUUUUACCCUUACGCAUUAAAGUUAGUCGUUGGGGAUGCACCAAGCGGUGCCAAAGGAAUUGCUUCAGGAGUAACGCAAACCUUCGCACAAUUGGGAAUAGAGAUGACAUUUUCUGUUAUGGUUUCAGUGUUGGGCAACAUUACGCAGGUAAAAAGCCGGCCAGAUUCUUUCGAAAGGUUCAGAGAUGGGUUUCAAAAGUGCACAUAUUUCACACUGGCUUCUGGGGCUUUUGGUUUGGUUUUAACGACGUUCUUCGUGAGGGGACCCCGCUUCUCGAAUGGCAGCCCCAAAGAUGCAACAGCCCUCGAGAACGGAUCUUAUUCACAAACGGAGUCAAAUUGCGAAAAGAAAGAACAACAAUAUUAG